AUGGCUGAAAAUGAGAAUAUGCAUGGGAUUGAUACAUCUGAAAGAAAAGGAAAGAGACAAGUAAAAUCAAGCAGCAAACAUGUUUGGAAUGCACAAAAAGAUGCAUGUUUAAUUGAUUGCUUGGUUAGGCUCGCUCAAAGUAGGCAAUGGAAAGCUGAUAAUGGUCAAUUUCGGGUGGGUUAUUUGACUCAAUUGGAGAAAUGGAUGCAUGAGAAGUUACAUGAUUAUAGCAUCAAGGGCUCACCUCACAUUGAGUCAAGAGUGAAACUGUGGAAAAGGCAAUAUCAUGCCAUUCAAGAAAUGUUAGGCCCAAAUGCAAGUGGGUUUGGUUGGAAUGAUAAUGAUAAAUGCAUUACUUGUGAUGCUGUAGUGUUCAAUGAUUGGGUAAAGAGUCACCUGAGGCUCGUCAGUUUAAGGAAUAAACCUUUUCCAUUCUUAGAGGAGUUAAGAGCUUAA